AUGUCCGCCGCGCGCAGGCGCUCGUCCUCGCGCGCGUCGACGCGGCGUCAGUCCCCAGCGAGCGCGGAGGAAAACGAAUAUGAAGAAUUUGAAGAAAUCGUCGACGUGGAGACGCGCCGCGAGGUCGUCGCGAUGAAGACCACGGCGGUGCUCAACGCGAAGGUUCCUUUCGCCGUCGCCGCGUCGCUGGUGAUCGCGACCGCGGGAUGCGCGACGGCGGCGCUGGGAUGGCACGCGCGAGAGACGGCGUUGGCGCUCGCGAGCGCGCGGGUGAGCGCGACGAGCGUCGAUUUAGGGCCGGCGACGCGAAGGAUACGGGUGCUUGAGGAGCAAGUGGAAGCCCUUCAAAGGAAUCGCGAGGAUGGUCGCAAAUCGGCGGAGCGAGUGGUGCGCGAGGCCGUGCGUACGUUCGAGCUCGAGCGGGUGGAGUGGACGACCAAGGCAGAGGCGGAGGCGAGAAAGGGCGAGACGCGCGUCACGCAGGAGAUCAAGGCGGUCGCGGAGUCCGUGUCGGCGCUCACGGAGAAGGUGCGAAAAACCGCUAAGCUCAAGAGCGAGAUUACGAGACUAGAGGCGAGCGUGGCAAAGUUGAAGAGCGCCCAAGCGUCGCUCGACAAAUCGAGCAAGUCAUCCUUUGCGAGCUCAAAAGAUCUCGAAAAGAUUGCGAGCUCGGUAGCAGUCUUAGGUGAACGACAGGUGGAGUUCGUCAAAACAACGGAAAUCGCCGCGCUCCGGAAGGCGCUCGAGGAGUUGGCGUCAACACAAAAGUCGGUUGACGCGCGAGCCACGUCUGAAGUGAAGAGCUUGCGGGAUGAUAUCACCUCUCUGAAGACGAAUAUUCAGGAGACGUACGCCUCGAAGUCGGCGUUGCAAACGCUGGACGUUUCUAGUGAGCUCAAGUCUUUGGAAGCUGCGAUCGCGGGCUUAUCCAAGGAUCGUGACUCAUACGCGACGGCGACUCAACUCAAGUUGCUUGACGCCCAAGUCAAGGCUCUUGGAACGCAAAAGGGCAGCAAGGUUGCCGGUUUGUUCAAUGAGCUCAAGUCUUUGGAAGCUGCGAUCGCGGGCUUAUCCAAGGAUCGUGACUCAUACGCGACGGCGACUCAACUCAAGUUGCUUGACGCCCAAGUCAAGGCUCUUGGAACGCAAAAGGGCAGCAAGGUUGCCGGUUUGUUCAAGCGCGACGCGGAUACGGCUACGUUGAAGAAGGACUUGAAGGCCAUCGAGACGACGCUCGCGUCCUUGACGAAGAGUCAAGGUGCGUUUGCGACAUCCGCGCAGUUGAAGGAACUCGUCGACGCCGUCGACGCCUUGCGAAAGUCGUCGAGUGGGUACGCUAGCUCGGAUGUCGUUGAGACUUUGAAGGUGAGUGUGACGGAGCUGACGAAUAAGACGAAGUCGGGAUCGAUGAAGGAAGUCGCCGCGCUCCGGAAGGCGCUCGAGGAGUUGGCGUCAACACAAAAGUCGGUUGACGCGCGAGCCACGUCUGAAGUGAAGAGCUUGCGGGAUGACAUCACCUCUCUGAAGACGAAUAUUCAGGAGACGUACGCCUCGAAGUCGGCGUUGCAAACGCUGGACGUUUCUAGUGAGCUCAAGUCUUUGGAAGCUGCGAUCGCGGGCUUAUCCAAGGAUCGUGACUCAUACGCGACGGCGACUCAACUCAAGUUGCUUGACGCCCAAGUCAAGGCUCUUGGAACGCAAAAGGGCAGCAAGGUUGCCGGUUUGUUCAAGCGCGACGCGGAUACGGCUACGUUGAAGAAGGACUUGAAGGCCAUCGAGACGACGCUCGUGUCCUUGACGAAGAGUCAAGGUGCGUUUGCGACAUCCGCGCAGUUGAAGGAACUCGUCGACGCCGUCGACGCCUUGCGGAAGUCGUCGAGUGGGUACGCUAGCUCGGAUGUCGUUGAGACUUUGAAGGUGAGUGUGACGGAGCUGACGAAUAAGACGAAGUCGGGAUCGAUGAAGGAAGUCGCCGCGCUCCGGAAGGCGCUCGAGGAGUUGGCGUCAACACAAAAGUCGGUUGACGCGCGAGCCACGUCUGAAGUGAAGAGCUUGCGGGAUGAUAUCACCUCUCUGAAGACGAAUAUUCAGGAGACGUACGCCUCGAAGUCGGCGUUGCAAACGCUGGACGUUUCUAGUGAGCUCAAGUCUUUGGAAGCUGCGAUCGCGGGCUUAUCCAAGGAUCGUGACUCAUACGCGACGGCGACUCAACUCAAGUUGCUUGACGCCCAAGUCAAGGCUCUUGGAACGCAAAAGGGCAGCAAGGUUGCCGGUUUGUUCAAGCGCGACGCGGAUACGGCUACGUUGAAGAAGGACUUGAAGGCCAUCGAGACGACGCUCGUGUCCUUGACGAAGAGUCAAGGUGCGUUUGCGACAUCCGCGCAGUUGAAGGAACUCGUCGACGCCGUCGACGCCUUGCGAAAGUCGUCGAGUGGGUACGCUAGCUCGGAUGUCGUUGAGACUUUGAAGGUGAGUGUGACGGAGCUGACGGAUAAGACGAAGUCGGGAUCCGGUUCGGCGUCGAAGAACCUUCGUGAUUUGGAACAGCAAGUGAUGGAGCGCAUAGAAGGCUACAUCAACGCCAUUCCGAAGGACACGUCGAUGAAGCUCAAGAAGCACAUUGAAAAAGCCGCGACGUUGUGGUUUGCAGAUAGGACCGGUCGACAAGAUUUUGCGCUAUCCACCGGUGGCGGACGCGUCGUCGGACACUCGCAACUUACGCCGUUCGUUGCUCGAGGCGAUGGACCGCUGAUGUCGGCUGUUUCGUUCCUUCGAUCUGGAGUACAUCCAAAAAGCGAUGAGUGGAUGCUCACCCCCUCGAUGGAACAGCCGGGCGAUUGUCUUGCACUGCAUGGAUCUUACGGAUAUGUCGAUGUUCGUCUGCGUCAACCCGUCAAGGUGGAUGCGGUUACUCUCGAGCACACCAAUAGCCUAAACGCGUACGACAUGCACAGCGCUCCACGAGACAUACAAAUAUUCGGCUGGUACGCCCAUGGCAAUAACUGCAAGCAUAGCAAACCACCAAAGUCAUUAAUUGCGAUGGGAAAUUACACGUAUCACACGGCAGGGGACAGUGUGCAGUCGUUUGAGGUCAGCGCGCCUCAUACGGUCGAUCACGUGCGUCUUAUAGUGAAAAACAACCACGGGCACGCGCGAUGGACGUGCAUAUAUCGCUUCCGCGUGCAUGGCAUACCGUCGUCUUAA